AUGAUUCAGAACUGUAGUGAUUUCCGAAAAAUCCAGAGAGUGUUUGGAUAUGUGAACCGUUUCAUUCACAAUUGUAGUGUGAAACGACUUGGUGCUGAGCGUAGAAGAAGUAAUCUGGCUAGUAGUGAUUACCGUGACUCAUUGGUGACAAUGGUGAAGAUCGUGCAACAUGUGAUGUAUAAUGAGGAGAUCAAGGACAUUCGGCGAGGUAGACGCGUGAGAGGUAAACUAUGCAAUCUUAAUCCCAUCUUGGACGAGAAAGAAAGUGUGCUUCGGGUUGGAGGUCGGAUUAGGUAUUCUGAUUUGCCGUGGGACCAGAAGCAUCCCAUGAUCCUGCCGGAAAAGAAUCAUUUCACUGACUUGCUGGUUGAUACGAUCCAUCGAGAGCAACUGCACAUUGGGUUAAACGGUUUGCUUGCGAAGAUUCGACAACAGUUUUGGCCUGUAAACGCAAGGCGUACUAUCAAUCGUGUAUUGAGAAAGUGUGUAAAGUGUUUCCGUGCAAAACCAAGGGAUGUCGUACAAUACAUGGGAGAUUUGCCUAGUGCACGCGUUACUGCUGCUGAACCAUUUUCGCGAACUGGCGUUGACUACGCUGGACCGUUUCUUCUGAAGCAAAGCCGCUUCAAGGCACCUACGAAGGCGUUUGUGUGUGUUUUUGUGUGCUUUUGCACCAAGGCGAUUCACCUAGAACUGGUAGGUUCUUUGACGACGGACGGUUUUUUAGGAGCAUUGCAUCGUUUUGUCAGUCGCAGAGGCAAUGUCGCCGAGAUACAAUCAGACAACGGAACAAACUUCGUUGGGGCUGAGCGUCAGUUAAGGGAAUUGCGAAAUUUGUUCGAAUCGCAAACGAUGGAGAAUAAGAAGUUGGAUUUCUGCCAGUCUCGUGGUAUCAUGUGGAAAUUUAUACCACCACGGGCACCUCAUCAGGGAGGUCUCUGGGAGGCCGGAGUUAAGUCCUUGAAGAACCACUUGGGUAAAGUCCUCAAUGAGUCACAUCUGACGUAUGAAGAAAUGUGUACCUUGUUAUGCCAAAUUGAGGCGAUUCUCAAUUCGCGCCCGAUAAUUCAGCAGAGCGAUGAUCCCAAAGACUAUCGAGCCUUGAGUCCAGGGCAUUUCCUAGUAGGACAUGAGUUAACAGCGAUAGCAGAGCCGUUUUACGACGGUCUAAAGGAGUCGACGUUGUCCCGAUACCAAUUAAUUCAGAGGAGAAAGCAAGCGUUUUGGCGUCGUUGGUCUGCAGAGUACUUGACUAGUCUACAGAAACGGAGCAAGUGGUUCAAGGAUCCCACUUUGUUGCGUAAUGGUUUGUUAGUUGUGUUGAAAGAGGAUAACAUACCUUCACAGAUGUGGAAGCUGGGGCGCAUAAUUCAAACACAUCCCGGUAAAGACGGCAUCAUACGGGUGGUAACCGUGCGAACAAUUGAUGGUAUCUACAAGCGAGCAACGACGAAGAUAGCUGUAUUGCCGAUAGAGGACGAAACUGUUAGCGAGCUAGUUGGAUCGAGCCAUUCGGCUCCCGGGGGAGAAUGUUGA